AUUUCAAUUUUGAUUCCCUGAUUCUUCGAAUUUUGCAUAGAGAAACGAAAUUGUAAUAGAGAAGCCAAUUGGGAUUGCCAUUGAGUGAUUGCUGCGAUGGACCUAAAUGCUUCACCCCAACCCGAAGAAGACGAUGAACCCUUUAAGAGACGUCAUGAAGAUCGAGUUGAAUCUGCUGUUGAGAUCGCUAGACGGGAGCGUGAAGAACGAAAGAAACGAAUGAGAUAUGACAGGCCAACCAACCGAAUCUCUCAGCCGGUUUUUCGUGAUCAGUCUUAUCAGAACAGAGAUACUAGAGUUUAUGAUCAAAGCAAGCUUCCUCAAGGUUGGCUAGAUUGUCCUGGUUUUGGUCUGGAGAUAGGAUGUAUUAUUCCCUCUAAGGUUCCACUUAGUGAAUCUUACAACGAACAUGUUCCUCCUGGUAAAAGAUACUCUUUUAAACAGGUGGUCCGUAACCAGAGAAUUAAUGGAAGAAAACUUGGUCUAGUGAUUGAUCUAACUAAUACAACUCGUUACUACCCUACACUUGACUUAAAGAAGGAUGGCAUCAAGCAUGUUAAGAUUGCAUGCAGGGGUCGUGAUGCCGUGCCUGAUAAUGUGUCUGUAAACACCUUUGUCAACGAGGUUCUGCAGUUCGUCCUUAAUCAAAAACACGCAAAGAAGUAUGUCCUCGUCCACUGUACACAUGGACAUAAUCGGACAGGGUUCAUGAUAGUUCAUUAUCUUAUGCGCUCUAUGCCAACGAUGAACGUUACACAGGCAUUGAAGUUGUUUUCUGAUGCCCGCCCACCUGGGAUUUAUAAACCGGAUUAUAUUGAUGCUUUAUACACUUUUUAUCACGAAAUAAAGCCUGAGAGUGUUACUUGCCCACCAACUCCUCAAUGGAAGAGGUCUACCGAGCUUGAUCUUAAUGGUGAAGCUGUUCAAGAUGAUGAUGAUGAUGAUUCUCCGCCUGACCCUGUUCAAGAAAUUAAUCAGGAGACUGAGAAGAUGUCAAAUGAUGACAUUUUGGGUGAUGAAAUACCCCAUUAUCAGGAGGAAGCUUACCGGCAAUUCUGUUAUAAGAUGCUUAUGAUGAAUAUCGGGGGAAGAGGAUGUAUGCAAUUCCCAGGUUCGCACCCUGUAUCUUUAGACAGGGAGAGUUUGCAACUUUUGAGGCAGCGGUAUUAUUAUGCGACAUGGAAGGCAGAUGGAACACGUUAUAUGAUGCUCUUAACUAUAGAUGGGUGCUAUUUGAUAGAUAGGAGCUUUAAGUUUCGGAGGGUACAGAUGCGUUUUCCCUGUAAGCACUCACGUGAGGGAAUUUCUGAUAAAGUGCAUCACUACACUUUGCUUGAUGGAGAGAUGGUCAUAGAUACCCCGACAGGUGAACAAGGGGAGGCGAGGAGGAGGUACCUCGUAUAUGAUAUGGUAGCAAUCAAUGGCGAAUCAGUCGUAGAGCGGACUUUCUGUGAAAGAUGGAACAUGUUCGUGCGUGAGGUGAUCGGACCUCGAGCAGCUGAGAAGCUCAGAAGUCAUUGCUAUAGAUAUGACCUUGAGCCUUUUGCGGUACGGAUGAAGGGUUUUUGGUUACUUUCGACUGUUGAGAAGCUUUUGAAGAAUACCAUUCCAUCGCUUUCGCAUGAAGCAGAUGGCUUAAUAUUUCAGGGUUGGGAUGAUCCUUAUGUUCCACGAACCCAUAAAGGUCUAUUGAAGUGGAAGUAUGCAGAAAUGAACUCGGUAGACUUUCUGUUUGAGACGGGUGAGGAGGAGGGGCGUGGUUUCCUCUUCUUGCAUGAAAGAGGGAAGAAAAAGCUUAUGGAAGGAUAUACAGUUGAGUUUAGAGAUGAUUCGGACCCGUCAAGUUACAAUGGGAAGAUUGUAGAGUGUGCAUGGGAUAAGGAUAAGAAAGUUUGGUUUAGCAUGCGGAUCAGAGUUGACAAAACUACACCAAAUGAUAUCAACACUGCUCGUAAGGUGAUAAAGAGCAUAAAUGAUAACAUCACUGAGGAAGUGCUGCUUCAGGAAAUAAAAGAGAUCAUCCGUCUUCCGAUGUACGCUGACCGCAUUCGAAAUGAUAGUCAAGCUGCACGCCGCAAGUAGAGAUUACAUUUUUUUAGUAACAACUAAUAAUUGUUUUGGGCGGUUUAUGAAUAUUGGGGGUUUAGUUUACGGGUUUCUCUUCUCUCACACACUUGUACAGCUAAAUCAAUUUGUGGACAAACA